CCUAUGGACAAGAAGAAGAAUCCUUUAAAGAGGCCCCGUGUUGAUCAAGCACCCGUUUUGUCACAAUCUGUUCCUCGUCCGCUCUCCAACGGUCCAGGAGCUAUGCAUGCCCGACCGCUCGUCGCUCUUCUCGAUGGCCGAGACUGCUCGGUCGAGAUGCCCAUUCUCAAAGAUGUCGCAACGGUAGCGUUUUGCGACGCUCAAAGCACUCAGGAAAUCCACGAAAAAGUCCUCAACGAAGCCGUCGGCGCCCUCAUGUGGCACACGAUCACGCUGACGAAAGAGGAUCUCGAGAAGUUCAAGACGUUGAAGAUCAUCGUCCGCAUUGGCUCCGGGAUCGAUAACGUCGACUACAAAGCGGCCGGUGAGCUCGGCAUCGCCGUAUGUAACGUGCCCGGCUACGGUGUCGAAGAAGUGGCCGACUCGACGAUGUGCCACAUACUCAACCUCUAUCGGAGGACCUUCUGGUUGGCCAACAUGGUGCGGGAGGGCAAGAAGUUCCAGGGUCCCGAGCAGGUUCGAGAAGCUGCUCACGGCUGCGCACGGAUCCGCGGCGACACUCUCGGAAUCGUCGGUCUGGGUCGGGUCGGGACCGCGGUAGCGCUCCGCGCGAAAGCGUUCGGCUUCACGGUCAUUUUCUACGACCCGUACAAACCGGACGGCGAGGACAAGAGCCUCGGCCUGACUCGCAUGUACACACUACAGGAACUGCUGUUCCAGAGUGACUGCGUCUCUCUUCAUUGCACACUCAACGAACACAAUCAUCAUCUCAUCAACGACUACACCAUCAAACAGAUGAGACCCGGCGCUUUCUUGGUGAACACAGCCAGAGGCGGCCUCGUCGAUGAGACCGCGCUCGGAGCCGCUUUGAAAGAAGGACGAAUUCGUGCGGCGGCCCUCGACGUCCACGAGAACGAGCCUUUUAACGCUAUGUCAGGUUCAUCUUCUACGGGACCUCUCAAGGACGCACCAAACCUGAUCUGCACGCCACACGCCGCUUGGUACUCGGAUGCGUCAUGCAGUGAAUUGCGUGAAAUGGCGGCCACCGAGAUCAGACGUGCGAUCGUCGGUCGAAUUCCUGACUCACUGCGCAACUGUGUCAACAAGGAGUACUUCCCGCAGUCGGGAGGCCCCGGAGGCCCCCCACCGACUUACGAGCCCCCAACAGGCCUCAACGGCAUGUCGCCUGCGACUCCACCUGCGGUCGCGUCCGCGGGUCCCCCGUCGGGCGUCGCUCCAAAUUUGCUGCUCAUACAAGCAGCUGUCGCCCAAGCUCAACAAGCGGCCGGUAGUACUACACCCAACAACUGCAUGUAA